AUGGAGAAGCGCCACGGUGAACAAGGCAAAAGGAAGGCUCAAAUUGUCUCAGGUAGUGGAGGUGAUAUAGGGGGGCUGGUUGUGUGGGGUGGAGCUUUGGCUUUUGCAGGUUUGGCUGCAGCCUUUGCUUUACACAAAGGUAGAAGAAGAGGUGCAAAUGAGAUGAGCAGCCGCCGGCAGAAAGAAGACCAAACAAGUCAAGGGCUGCGCUGCGCAAGCAAUGGAUCAACAAAGAUGGUUGCAACCCCGAUUGAUUCUUCCGAGUUCGUCUCUACUGAAAGUUUGAUCUUGGAGAUCCAACACAAGGGUGAUUCCAAACAAAGCGGGAUUAGAGAAUUGUCAUCUCCAACCCCUCGUAUGAACUGAAGAAUAGGAUUGAGGAUGACUCGGGAGAGGAGUCACCCUUAUUGGAAAUAACUGAAGGUAUAAAAGAGAAGGAAGCGUUGGAUGCUGUAAAGAUGGGAGAGCAAACUUCAUCAGUGCAUUUUGUUGAAGAAAAAGAAGAAAAUGACGAUGAUGAUGAUCAGGAGGAGGCAGAAACCAAAGAAGAGUCCCCCCUUGUAGAAAUAAAUGAUGUUAAAAAAGAAGAACCAAUUGGUUCUGUGAAGAUAUAUGCAGAGAAAACUUCAUCAAUUCAUUCAGUCAAAGAAGCAGAGGAUGAUGACAAGGAAUACGGACAGGAGUUGGCCCCGGUGGAAAGAAUUGAAGUCUGGAGAAAGGUAGAAGCGUUUGACGAUGCUCCAAAGGCAAGUGAAGACAUGACUUCAAUAAUGCAUCCAGUUGAAAAAGAGGAAGAGGAAGAGGAAGAGCAUGGUGAUGAAGAAUACGCCAUAGAGAAAGGCAAAGAGAAUUCAGAAGCAACAGAAAGCUCUUCCACCGGAUCCAAUGAAGAGGAAAUUUGGCCAGUGGAAUUGGUGGAAGCAUUGUGUAACGGUUUGGCAAUUCCCCAUUCUUAUUCUUGGCAGUUGGCAAGUUCGUCACAAGCUAACUCUUGCCCUAUGGAACUAAUAAUUGUGAAUCAGUACAGGUACGUGCGACAAACCUAAAAAAUGCUUAAUAUUUGGGCAUAAGCAAGCUUACCAGAUAGGGGAAAGGUUGGCCUAGGGGCCCUGGCCAAGGGGGACCUAGGCGCCGCAUGCGGCUAGAACUACUGUCCCGUGACAAAGUGGUAUCAGAGUAGGCCCCAAAUGAUCCGAAUCACGCCAAGCGCCCCAAUGGGACUGGGGUAGGCAAGGUGUCGAUAGCGACAGGAGUGUUGCUGGAAUCCGGUUGGGGAGAGUGUAAAGCCUCAAUGGGACAGAGGUAGAUAAGGGUUUUUCAAUCCCACAUGGGAUAAGAAAGGGGUCGAUCUAAGGGACAAGUGCGGCCUACUAUGCAGCUUAUAUGUAUCUGGUGAGCAAUAUGAGGAAUCUUAGCAGGGCAUUUCAGAGGAUGUCUACGUGCGGAAGUGAGCGAGUGUUUUGGCAAAUUAGUGGCCAACAUGCUGCUUAAGUGUUUGCAUUGUGCGAGCGUGACUAAUGGUAUGUGGGCUCCUAUGUGUGAGGGAGUGUGACAAGUUGCGCGGGAAGCGACGUGAACGCACGAGGGCAUUUGCGGGAUUAGGAGGGGGAGAAUAUAACGAUUCGACAAUUCUCCACUCCUAUUCUUAGCAGUUGACAAGGUUAUCACGAGCUAACUCUUGCCUUAUGGAGUUAAUAAUUAUGAAUCCAUACAAGUAUGUGCGAUAAACCUCCAAAAUACUUAAUAUUUAGGCCUAAGCAAGCUUGCCAGAUAAGAGGAAGACUGGCCUAGAGGCCCUGGCCAAGGGGUACCUAGGCGUCGCAUGAGGCUAAAACUCCUGUCCCGUGACAAUUGUCACAGGAGCUCAACAACACCUCGAUAAACCUGCAAUUCUCUGUAGGGAAUACGGAGGAAGACCAAACCAACAAAACAGAAGAGUAUAUUCACUCUGAUAACAGCAAAAUUAAUAUCAUUAACAAUUGCAGAGAUAAUUAUCAAACUACUCAGACUUCAACAUUCUUGAAGAAAGAAGAAACCCUGGAGUUUACAGGGGCAAAUGAUCAACCAAGGCGCUUAACGAAAUGGAGAUAUUGGGUUUGGCAUAUGUUAGUGCACUGAUGGUGCUACUUUUAUUUACCCAUAGCAAGGCAAUAUUUUACUUUUUUCAAUUAUGAUUCCCUCCUUGUCCUAUGAGAAACAGAAAAACUGAAAUCAAUUUUAGUGAGUUGAGAAUACAAUAAAAUCAAGGCUCCGUUGCAUCA